CUUCCGUCGACCAAAACCCUAACUCGCCGGAAAACACCGCCGGAAAUCCUAUUCAUCAUCCAAAACUGUUAAUCGACGUCACUAAUCAGCAUCAAACAAUUUCCCCGUCGUCAUAUUCAUCCUCAUUCGUUCUGUUUGUCUGAUUUGGUAUUGUUAAUCAUCACCGGAAUUCAACGUCAAUUAAAUUCGCUGCGGUGAAUUAAAAGAAAAAUCGAUUUCGUAUUGUUACUCAAUGGAGGAAGAAGAUGUGAUAACCGAUGAAGAAAUCAAACAAAUAAUAAAAGAUUAAUGAUGGUGCGUAACACAAAAAUUCCGAUAUAUUGGUCUAACCAAUUGGGUGAUCAUGCGUUUGGGCAGUUCUCGUCUGCUGAGUAUACAUUGCAGCCACUGAUUGGGACAGAUUAAGCACUCUGACACUUUGCAAAUGGAGUCUAACACGAAUCAUGAGAACAGAGUGACAUUUGCUGGACUUUAUGGCAAUCACGGUGCUUAUCGUGCUUCAUCUUUCAUUUCGGCUACACUAUUACCCACAUUCAUACAUUAUAUUUGUGAUAUGGGCAAAGGGUGACGGUCCAGAGGCAAAAGCAGACGGUCCUAAAUCAUGGCAUAUGAAGAAGUUGGCUGAUGAUGUAUACGAUUUCAGGUUCAUAUUGCUCGAAACACUUGUAGGCCCGAUUGUAACAGGGAAAGGUGAAGCGUUUCUGCUUAAUGAAAUGAAAUCUUUUGGAAGCCAAGAUGGUAGGCAAAGAAUUGUUGAUCCAGUAGUCUUAACAACUUCCUCACAAGAAUCAUUAUCGAUUGUGAUAUCAAUCACAAACAAGUGCAUCUCAUCUGAUGCAGGAAACCGGUCGUUGUUUGAGGAUGUACUCUUAAACCUGUAGUAUGCAGCUCAAGUACAGGCCACAACUGAUUCUGAACAGAGAUCAGAUGGCGCAUCUUAAUGACAAGAUCUCAUUAACAAGUUAGUAGUAAUUAUAGAUUUAAAGAUACACUCGAGAGGAAGAUUCAUUCAUACUUUAUGCACUUAAUUAGAUGUGUAAACAGCUAUAAAUCUCUAAUCAUUGUGCUUUCUUUAAUGUUCUUGUAACAAAUCUUACUGUAAAUUACACAUUGUUUAUGAAUUCUUUGGUACGUUUGGAAA